CCGGUCGAUCGAAGCAAGCAAGGAAAGCAUGGCGGAUCAAUCAUCUAGCAGUAUUGGGAUAGCCAGCAGUCCACCACGGACUGAUGGACUGACUUCAAGUCCAGCAAGAGAUCUACCUCCUUUUGAAGAUGAAACUGAUGCUGUUCUUGGUAACGAGGGAAGUGGAAUUGAAGAGGAAGAUGGAGAAGAGCUUUUUGGGGACAGAAUGGAGGACGACUAUCGAGUCAUACCUGCACUGGACACAUAUGAUCCAGCAGCUCUUGAUGAUGAAGAUUAUGAUGAGUUGGCCCCUGAUCAAAGAGCAGCUGCUGAAAGAGCAAUGAGAAAAAGAGAUCGUGAUGAGGCAGCAGCAACAGGACGACUUAGGAGAGGAAUUCUUUAUGAUGAAGAGGAUGAUGAUGAAGGUCGUCCCUCAAGGAGAAGAAGAAUUGCUGAACGAGCUGCAGAAGGAGAUUUCCAAGAUGAAGAUGAGGCAAUUGAGAGCAUAGAGAAUCUCGAAGACAUGAAGGGUCAUUCAGUGCGGGAAUGGGUAUCCAUGGCAGCACCGCGACUUGAGAUCAAGAACAGAUUCAAACAGUUUUUAAGAACAUUCGUUGAUGACCAGGGUCACAGUGUCUAUAGGGAGAAAAUCAAACAGAUGUGUGAAGCAAAUAAACAAAGCCUUGUAAUCAAUUAUAAUAUUCUUGCCAACGAGCAACAGGUCUUGGCCUACUUUCUUCCUGAAGCACCAUCAGAAAUGUUACAGAUAUUUGACGAGGCAGCCAAAGAAGUGGUUCUUGCUAUGUUUCCAAAUUAUGAUCGUAUCACAUCGGACAUCUAUGUUAGAAUAGAAGACUUGCCCUUAAUGGAGGAAUUGCGCUCAUUGCGGCAACUUCAUGUCAAUCAGUUGAUUCGCACCUGUGGAGUCGUAACGAGCAGUACUGGCAUCAUGCCACAGCUUAGUGUCAUCAAGUAUGAUUGUCCCAAGUGCUCAUACAUUAUUGGGCCAUUUUUCCAGAGUUCUGACCAGGAGGUUAAGCCUGGCUCGUGUCCAGAAUGUCAGUCACGUGGGCCCUUUGAUAUUAACAUGGAACAGACCUUGUACAAAAACUAUCAGAAAAUUAAGAUUCAGGAGAGUCCAAGCAAAGUUGCUGCCGGUCGUCUACCAAGAUACAAAGAUGUGGUUCUCACUGCAGACCUCGUUGACAGCUGUAAACCUGGAGAUGAAAUAGAACUGACAGGAAUCUACAAAAUCAACUAUGACACUUCCUUGAACCGAUCCAAUGGUUUCCCAGUAUUUGCCACUCUCAUUGAAGCAAACUACAUCACAAAACAAGAUGACAAAAUGGCUGUGACAAGCCUGACUGAUGAAGACGUUAAAGCCAUAAUUGACUUAUCUAAGGAUGAGAGAAUAGGUGAAAGGAUUAUUGCUAGUAUUGGCCCAUCAAUUUAUGGACAUCAAGACAUGAAGCGAGCUCUAGCAUUAGCAUUAUUUGGUGGAGUACCAAAAGACCCAGGUGGCAAACACAAGAUCCGUGGUGACAUCAAUGUGUUAAUGUGUGGUGAUCCUGGUACAGCUAAAUCACAGUUCUUGAAGUAUGUAGAGAAAGCUGCACAGCGUGCUGUCUUUACGACGGGACAGGGAGCUUCAGCUGUAGGAUUGACAGCCUAUGUGCAGAGGCAUCCUGUUACUAAGGAAUGGACUCUUGAAGCUGGUGCCCUCGUGCUUGCAGAUAAAGGAACAUGUUUGAUUGAUGAGUUUGACAAGAUGAAUGAUGCUGACAGAACAAGUAUACAUGAAGCCAUGGAACAGCAGAGUAUUUCUAUCUCAAAGGCUGGAAUAGUGACAUCUUUACAGGCAAGAUGUAGUAUCAUAGCUGCAGCCAAUCCAAUUGGAGGAAGAUAUGACCCAUCUUUGACUUUUGCGGAGAAUGUAGACUUGACUGAGCCCAUUUUAUCUCGUUUUGAUAUUCUUUGUGUAGUCAGAGAUAUGGUUGAUUCUGUACAAGAUGAGUUGUUAGCUCGUUUUGUGGUGAACAGUCACGUGAAACAUCAUCCAAAUAAAGUAACAGAUGAAGAUGAAGAGAUGCAGGAUGAGGAAAACCCUGAUUUAAUCCCCCAAGACUUGCUAAAGAAGUACAUUAUCUAUGCCAAAGAACGAGUGCAACCCAAACUACACAAUAUGGAUCAAGACAAAGUUUCUAAGAUGUUUGCAGAUCUCAGGAAGGAGUCCAUGGCAACAGGAUCUAUCCCAAUAACAGUACGCCAUAUCGAGUCGAUGAUUCGUAUGGCAGAAUCUCAUGCCAAGAUGCACCUCAGAGAAUACGUUAUGGAAGAUGAUGUUAACAUGGCUAUCAGAGUGAUGCUUGAGAGUUUCAUCGAUACACAGAAAUUCUCUGUAAUGAGAGGCAUGAAGAAGGCAUUUUCGCAUUAUCUAGCAUUCAGACGAGACAACAACGAACUGCUUCUGUUUGUGCUCAAGCAGCUGGCUAAAGAACAGAUAUCUUUCUACAGAUGUCGCUAUCGAACAGAACCUGAUAUCAUUGACAUCCAAGAAGAGGAGUUUGUCGAUAGAGCUCGUCAAAUCAACAUCAUUAACCUGGCAUCCUUCUACGAGAGUCCCAUGUUCACGUCCAAUAGAUUUAUGCACGACAGAAAGAGAAAACUAAUAAUUCAAACCCUGUAAACAAAACUGGAAGAAGACUUGCAUUCAUAUGAGCACUUUGGACAAGCUCUUUAUACCAUGAACACGACUGGCAUAGGUCGUAAUAUCAGUUGCGACAAGUUUCCUUUAACUCUCUAUAAAAUGUGCAAAGCAUUGCACGUAGAAACGAAUCGACUACAUUACGUCCUACAUUACGAAAAAAAUAAUGCAUAAGUUAACUUCAUAAAAGAAAAGAGAAAAUGUUUUUGGAACUCGAUGUAACUUUUCAAGUAUUUUUUCACGACGAACUGGAACAAAAACUAUUCAAGUAUAUGGCGGUAUACUAAUGUAAAUAGACAAACAACGUGUUUCGUUGUUUUGGUGCCGCGCAUUUUGGUGUCUUCUGGUUUGGUCUUGUAGAUAUGUAUGCUUUAUAACUGAACUACUACACGUGAACUUUUGUAUUAAAGUUGUUUAAGAAA